GGAGGAUUUAUCAAGAAUGAAUGUACUUCUACUUGUAGAAUUGACCUCUUCGAAAAUAAGACAACCUCCAGCCUGUACUCCUCCAUAAGACUUGAAGCAUUUCCAAGAGACUUCAUGAUAUGAGAAGUGCUCCACAAGCAAUACCGUGGAGCCGAAGUUGCGAUCAUCCUCCCAAGCGACGUCAAUGGACGACGAUCAAUACGUCCGGUCCGAGAUCGAGCAGGACCCUGUGGAUCUCCUCCAAGCACCGGUGCCACAGCCACCUUUGAAGAACCAAAAGAGGCGCUGUGGCUACAUACCAUCACAUAAUGGAUGUCUAACUUGCAAGACAAGGCGCGUGAAAUGCGACGAGAUCCAGCCCACAUGCGGACCAUGCUCCAAGGGUCUACGCCAGUGCAAACCCGCACGCGUCUUUCGAUAUCAGUUCACAAGAAAUGAAACGUCAACAUCGUUCUUGUCGAGGUCGCGGACCAAACCAACGUCCCAUCUUCAAUUGAUACGUGGCACCCACCAGGAGCGACGAGCAUUCGAGUAUUUCGUCCAUGUUAUGGGACCGAUCCUGGCUGGAGUCCAUGACACGGAGUUCUGGCAGAAGGUCGUCCCUCGAUGGUCGGUCUCCGACUCAGUGGUAUGGCUCGCCAUCGUUUCCAUCAGCAGCCUGUACGAACAGGUCAAAACAGUGGGUGUGAGUUCAUUCGAACAGGUCCGCCACCAGCCUGGGUACCAGUGGGCGUUGGAAUACCAUGGGCAGGCGAUCAAGGCAUAUCGAGAACGACUGCAAGGCCCAGACCCAGACACUCCAACCGCUCUCCUCAGCUGCAUUCUCUUCGCGCUGUUCGAAUUCGAGCUGUGGAACGUGGAGACCGCACUCGUCUUGGUCCAAAGCUGUCACAAGAUGAUGCCCCUAAUGAAGCGCUGUCCGGAUGAUUUGGACGUGGAUGGGAAGAUCUGCAUGUUCUUUGCACGACUUUCGAACCUUUUAUCCCCGUCAAUGUCUGCUUCACUUAUCACUCACAAGAGCCCCUGUGCAAGGCAACUUCUCACGUUAUCAGUCCUGUUCAUUAUGCCAGAUCGACUAGACGAGUACCGCAUCCGUCUCUACAGCCUGAUGCACGAGGCUACCGGCGUCAUUAGACAAGCUGACCCAAAGUGGAUAUCUGCAGAGGCGGUAUCUGCAGAUGAUCUGGUGGUGCGCCAAACGCAGGUCUUGCAAAGUCUAGAAGAUUGGCACCACGUCAUCUUGGAGUCUGGAAGGAAAGAGCGUUCCGACAUUCACACGUGGCUUUCGUCGUUGCUGAUGUUGUACUACUGGACCACCCACAUUCACUUAUCAGUAUGCAUGUCGCAAGAGGAGACAAAGUUCGACGAGCAUGUCAACGGCUUCGGCCAAAUCAUCUACUAUGGAAAUCUAGCACUAGCAUUCGCGACAUCCAUGAAGAUGCGGUCUCCUUUCGCGGUUGAAUUGUGUCCCGUCAAGCCACUAUUCUUUACAGUCUUCAAAUGCCGCCAUCGGGGCAUACGACGGGAAGCGUUGGAUCUGCUGCGCCAGACCAAGGCCGUGACAAGCAUCGGAAGACAUCCUGGAGUUGUCAAUUUAGCCGGUGCCAUCAUCGCAACCGAGGAAUAUGGCAUGGACUCGUAUCUUGAUCUUCAAGACGGUAACGAGGCCAAUGGAGCCCUGGCGUCUGAAGACAAAAGAGUCCGAC